UUUACUAAAGAUGAAUCAAAACAUGUUGGUUCGCUCUGUUCGGCCAACCCUAGUCUCCAUUUGCCGCCUUUUCUCCGCCGCCGCGACGACGGUGGACACGGCGGCCGAGGCAGCCGUGGUAAAGACUCGCAGCGGAGGAGGAGGAGGAGGAGGAGCAGCGAGUAAUAAAAAAGAAACCGUAGUUGGAGGAAGAGACACUCUAGGAGGGAGACUGUUAGGCCUCACGUAUACGAAACGCAGUGCCGUUGUUACCAUCCGGAAAUGGAGAGAAGAAGGCCACUCCGUUCGCAAAUACGAACUUAAUCGAAUCGUUAGAGAGCUUCGUAAGAUCAAACGCUAUAAACACGCUCUUGAGAUAUGUGAAUGGAUGGUUCUACAAGAAGAUAUAAAGCUGCAGGCUGGUGAUUAUGCUGUACAUCUUGAUUUGAUUUCCAAAAUCCGUGGUUUGAACAGUGCUGAGAAGUUUUUCGAAGAUAUGCCAGAUCAAAUGCGAGGCCAUGCUGCUUGCACUUCUCUUCUCCAUAGUUAUGUGCAGAACAAGUUGUCUGAUAAAGCUGAGGCAUUGUUUGAGAAAAUGGGUGAAUGUGGUUUCUUGAAGUCUUGUCUGCCUUACAAUCAUAUGCUAUCCAUGUAUAUAUCCAAAGGGCAGUUUGAGAAAAAUUGGGCCGAUACUAGGCCCAACACAACUGGCUCUCAUGCCAACACAGAGUAA